AUGGAAAAAAAACCCGCCAUGAAGGUCGACACACCGCCGCCAUCUCUGCCGGACCUAGACCUUGAGGAUGACGCACCCGGCUAUGAGACCAUCGAGGAGCGCUGCUUCUCGGCCGCCCUCAUCUGUCUCGAGGGCCACUACACCAUUCCGCCCAUGGGGCCCCAGACUGCCGCGAGGGUCUCGUCUAUGAUCGCCAAAACCCUCGAAAAGACACACACCUUCAAGCACGUCAGGGAAACUCUCUCGCGGAACGUCGAGAUUUGGAUCUGGUUAACAAAGAUCUUCGGUGCCGCCAUCCCCAGCCUCACCACCCGCUCAGUGGGCCCGCUGUCGAGCCUCAAUGACCCCGAGAAGGGUGUCACUCCUCAGGAGAGCACUGCUCUUAUCGUGAAGAACCAUCACAGUCUCAAGGAUGACCUCUCCAUUCUGAACAAGCUUAUGCAUAUCGCCAGAAACUUGUUGGUAACGUCGGAACCCGAAGUGCCUCAAGACAUAUGCGCCGCUGUUCACUUUGACCAGAUGGUCUAUCAAACUAUCAUUCUCUGUGUAAACGUCACCAGCAAAGGAUACGAUGGCGAAAUCCUGGAUGAGACUUCAAGGGCCAAGCUGAACGAGAUCACUGAUAUGUACAAGAAACUCCUCGUCACAUCCCUCCAGCAAGCACACAACUGGACGGCCAAGAACGACCGCAACAAAAUGUCCUUCUGGUACGAUGUGCUCUUCGACGAAGACGCCCAGCUCGAUGACCCCCAAGAAGGCAUGGGCGACGGCUCUGGAUUCCGCGUCGACAUUGCCAAGACGGAAAUCCAGCAUUGGCUGGAGCGCAACUCGAGGAUGUGCGAGACAGCACGCAAGCUCCUCACAGAAUACUCUCAGAACAAAUCCCACAAGCCACCCGGCGUCCUCGCGCCCAUCGCGCCCCUGGCCUGGAACUGGUUUCCCGAGGGCCAGGUCAAGGUCCGCGCCGACAACUACAAAGAGGGCGAGAAGGUGAACCCCAAGUGGGAUCCCGAAAUCCAUGACAAGUUCGAGCAAGACCGCGCCUACUGCCGCGUAUCGCGGGAGAUCGACACCUGGUGGAUGCGCGCAAGGGACGCAAACUACGAAGGCUGGGCGGUUCCGAUGCCGUCCGUCGACUUUGCAAAGACGAGGACGGAGCAUUGCAAGAACAACCUCCUCAACCGCUACACACCCGUCAUGCGCACCGAGGACCAUCACGAGGUCGUCGAGGUCGACGAGUCCGAGCAGGAACUGGGACCCGACGAGGCCGGCUCGGUGGUGGGGGCCGGGACAUUGGCGGAGGAGGAGUACGCCGAAGGCUACGACGACAUGAUGGACGACGAGGACAUUGAUGACGACGAGUCGUACGGUGAGGGGCCCUUGACGGGUCUCCUAACCGAGAUCCCCAACAUCCUCGACCCGAAGCAGAUCGAGGCCCUCCACAUGAUUGUCAAGUCGUGCAUCCUCGACUCGGCCGGCACGGGACUCACCCGCGCUGGCGAGAACCUUCAGAAGACGCGGUGCCGCAUGUUCCUCGCCCUUGACUGCGGAAAGUCCCUGCUGCGCGAGAUGCUCGUCUUCAUCGCCGUCUGGGAAAAGGACGAGCAGUCGCUCAUCUUCCAAAUAACCUCGCAGCUUAUUGAGGCCCUCCACCACUCGGCCCUCGUCCCCUACGCCUGGAAUUCUCUCCGCAUCCCCAAGGACAUCAUCUCGCCCGCGCAGACCGUCCUCCUGCGCCUCGUCAAUCACAUCUUCCGCAGCCGCAUCAGCAACCCGCCCCAGGACAAGAAGGACCAGGAGCGCGAUGUCAAGCUCGUCAUGUUCUUCUUCAGUUUCUUCCGCAGCCGCAUCGUCCCCGAAUGCGUUGCCCUUAUGCACCUCCAGGCCCAGAUCCGCGAGGACAAUGUCGACCCGGCCGAGUUCCCCGUCGACACCUGGGACAUGGAGCGCGCCAAGGAUGGCCUCGCCCAGUACCUAGACUUCCUCACCACGGCCUCCGAGAUUGCUGAGUCGAGGAGGAAGCUCAUUGAGUGGGAGGCCGUGUACGACCUCAUCACCCUGCUCAACGGCCUUGAGGCUGGCGUCCCCAAGAAACCCCUCGUCGACACCAUCCCCAGCCGCAAUCGCCCCUCGGCACCCCCUUCGGACCAGCAAUCCCAGUCCUCCCAGACGACUCCGAUCGUCGAACGCCCUUACUCCACAAACGAAUCCCUCCCGCCGUCCCCUCCCCCUCCGUCCCUCUCCGACCCGGCCCACAAGUAUCCCUGGUCCGGCAUCAAGGGCCAGAUCUUCACCAUCCUCGCCACCCUCCUCCAACCGCCUCCCGGCCAGUCCACGCCCGGCAACCCGGACGUACAGACGCAGAUGGUGAACCAUAACGGCAUCGUCCCACUCCUCAACUGCUGCGCCUACGACGACCACAACCCCUUCGCCAAGGAGCGGGUCACAAUCUGCCUGAAGUGGCUCCUCGACGGCUGUGAGGCCGCCAACAACUUCUUCCGCGAGCUCGUUAACCUCGGCGCCCCGCAGAACUUGCGCCCGCCGCCCGGCGGCACCACCGUCUCCACAAUACGUGUUGACGGCAUCCAGGGCGAGGUCAAGGUGCAGGUGCGGUCCAACUCGGCGCCUGCUGGCGACGGAGAGGGGCAGGAGGGCGGCGGAAGGCAACACAUCCACGACCCGUACGGCCUGGCCGAGGGCGCGGCCAAGAUGAACAUCAGAUCCAACUCCAGCAGCGAGCCCUUUACCGACGACGACUUCAUGUGA